GCGUGGACGAGUCGAGCCUGGAUCUGAUUGGCUGGUUUGGACACUCGGUGUUUUUUUUAAAUCGUAGCUGACAAGCGUUCAUGAACUCUGUCAAAAUUUGUACAAAAAAAAACGUCAAUUCAUUGUGUAUUUGCCAGAAACAAUGAGGACCACCAGUGAGUUUGAUUCAUCCUCGGAUGAAGAGGAAGUUUGUGAAGAGCAUCUGACACCUUUCCAGAUCUCCUGGUUGCCCUUGUCCAUAGUGGACUGUUCUCUGUUUCUUGGAAUAUGUCCUUUGCCAGGGUGCAAAUUCAAAGAUAUCAGAAGAAAUUUACUGAGAGAUGUUGGUGAGCUGCAGAACCAGGGGGUGCAGGAUGUGUUUGUGUUCUGUACCAGAGGAGAGCUCCAUAAGUACCGUGUGCCUAGCCUGCUGGAGACCUACAGGCAGCAGGGGCUCGUGGUGCACCACCUGCCCUUCCCUGAUGGGGGCACCCCUGAUCUGCAGCAGUGCUGCCAGAUACUGGAGGGACUGCAAGCCAACCUACACAACAACCGGAAGACUGUCAUCCAUUGUUAUGGAGGCCUGGGUCGCUCUGGACUAAUUGCUGCCUGUCUGCUGCUUCAACUGUCCGUCUCCAUGACUCCCAACAAAGCCAUCGAGAUCCUAAGAGAGCACAGAGGGGGUGGGGCCAUUCAGACAGUCAAGCAAUACAACUUCCUGCAUGAGUUCCGGGAAAAAUACUCUGCCUACCAAGAAACCAAGGCAGUCUCAACAGAGCGAUCGGUGUCGCGGUGAUACCAUUCCCCUUCAACUGAACUCUGUCCUUUUUUAAAUUAAUUGGGAGUAAUAAAAGCAUUGAAUAUUAACCGCUCUCAAGAAGAUGGUUUGACAUGAUUGUAUGUGUUCUCUUAAAGCACUUUUUUUUAAAAAGAAUGUUUGUUUUUAAAGCCCUAUUGUUCUUAAACUAAAAGUUUAAGAGAUUAUCGUGUUGCCGUGCUCUGAUAUCUGCUUUACAUUAUGAAAUAACUAUUUGAAUCCCAAUACAGUGGCUUCUAUUACGUGGGACUGUUGUCUGAGGCGUGAGCUCCAUGUUUGUACAGCAUAAUGGUAGAUCAGCUCUGUCCAUUGAGCCAGGAAAUUAAACCAAUCUGGUGCACAUCAGUGUAGGUUUAUUUGGAGUCUAGUUGUGAUUUUGGGUCUAGAUUCAAUCUGUACUGUGGAAAAUCCGCUUUAAAGACUAUUUCCCCCCCCUCCCCCCGAUUGGGCCGAUUCUAUGCAGCACUUACCAUGAAUGUGUUCUCAGAACAUUGCCUUGAAAAUGUGUUCAGAUUUUAAUAUUUUCCUUGGUGAAAUUAGCUUCUCUAGUGUGAAGAAACAAUUUACUUCCUGAUGACUUUACAGGUUGGAUAAAAAGUCAAUUACAGAAGACAUUGGGAUAAAUAUUCUUUAUCUUUUUAGAAAGUAGUCAAAUUCCUGCAAAUGGAAAUCAAAUCAAGACAACCUGAUUAAAAAUCCUGAAAUUGUCACAAUGUAAUAGGAGUGUGAAACUUGGCAAAAGACACAUUCUCAAAUAAAUAAAAAUUGAUAUUUUUUUUGGUA